GAUUUUUGUAGGACAAGCAUAAAUGAAUCGCUUUGCUCUGUUUUUCGCAAUUCUUGCUGCUUCAAUUUCCAUACUCAUCUACAUCGUACCAAUUGAGAAUUACACACAAAUCUACCACAGAAACCCAUUCAGUAAAAACAUUUCCACGGAUACACCAGCUUCCUCCAAUCUGUCUAUACCUAGAAAUACCACAGACAUGUCGAAAUCAAUUCUCCGACAAGCUAAGAUCACGCCUCACCUGUCGUCGACCAGGGGGCACAACAACAUAGGCUGGCUGGACACCUACCACAGCUUCUCCUUUGCCGACUGGCACGAUAGCAGAUACACUCAGUUCGGGGCUCUACGGGUCUUGAAUGAAGACAGAGUAAAGCCACUCUCUGGAUUCCCCACCCACCCUCAUCGGGAUUUCGAAAUCUUCAGCUACAUUUUAUCGGGAGAACUGACCCAUCGGGACUCCAUGCUCGCCAAGGGCAACGAAGGGGGUCAAUCGGACAAGUUCUACCGGAUGCGACGUGGAGAUGUACAGUUUACUACAGGCGGCACGGGCAUAGCUCACUCGGAAUUCAAUGAGCACAACAAAGAAACGGUCCACUUUCUUCAGAUCUGGGCCUUCCCGUGGAAGAGAGGCCUGAUUCCCCGAUACCACACUCGCACAUUUUCAGAAGAGGAUAAGAGGGAGGGCUUUGUCAAGAUCCUCAGCCCGCUCAAGGCAGGUGAGGACGCCACCGUGAAAGAGGAGGCAGAGGCUGAGCCUGUUAUUCCCAACACAAUUCCCAUUCACGCAGAUUUUGUCAUGGGCGCAGGAAUCAUCGCACCAGAGGGCAGGUUUGAGUGGACAGUGGGAGGCGGUGCAGGUAUCAAGACACAGCGCAAGGUAUUCGUCCACUUACCGAUGCUGAAAGGAGGAAAGGCCAAGAUCAGACUUGAUGGCCGGGAGAAUGCAGAGCUGUCCGAAGGAGAUGGCGCAUUUAUUGAAGGAGUUUUCAUUGGCGACAAGCUGACAGUGGAGAGCAUUGGAGAGGCGGAGGCCGAGGUGAUUGUGCUGGACACGGCUUGAGCGGACACGUAUACUGUAGAAUAGAGACUGAUUGGCUUAGGAUUUUGUAAUAAUUUAACAUGACAUGA